AAAUGACAUUUAUGUGAACAGUCAUUUCGUAUUCAUAUUAGUCGAUCGGUAACUCCAUAAAUAUAAAUUAAUAAUGGCUGCAGCAGUCCAUCAAUCUACAAAUGUUAAUGAUUUUCUUUCGAAAAAACAGAAAGAAAGUCCGAAAGAUAUUGCAGCAGACUGGGCUGAAAUCGAAGAGCUACAUAACAAAAAAUUAUGGCAUCAAUUGACUCUCAAAUUGAUGAGAUUCAUCAAAAAACCGGAACUUCAACAAGGAAAUAACUUAAUUCAGUUGUAUUCCAAUUUUAUUUCCACUUUCGAAAACAAGAUAAACCCCUUGUCUUUGGUAGAAAUCAUAGCUAUUGCAAUCGAACAGAUUAAGGAUCCUCUGGAGGCAGUUGCAUUCUUAGAAAAAACUGAGCCCAAAGUCAAAAUAAAUCCAGAUGCACAAAAUUUAUGUAAGGUACUGAUUGGACAGAUUCAAUUGGAAAAAUUGAACAAUUUAGAAGCUACAAAGAAAAUAAUAGAAGAAGUAGAAGCCACUCUAGAUAACGCCGACGGCGUUACACCAGUUCAUGGCAGGUUCUAUUUAUUGGCUUCACAGUAUUAUAGGAUUCAAGGAGAUCAUGCUCAAUAUUAUAGGACUGCUCUUCGCUACUUAGGAUGUAUUGAUUUAGACACUUUAACAACUGAGAUUAAACAUCAACAUGCCUUUUUCUUAGGAUUAGCAGCUCUUCUUGGAGAAGGUGUUUACAAUUUGGGUGAGCUCCUGGCUCAUCCUAUAUUAGAUUCAUUGAAAGGCACUGAAAAUGUUUGGAUUGUUGAGUUACUUUUUGCCUUCAAUUCAGGGGACAUUAAUAAAUUUGAGGCAAUGAAACCUCAGUGGUCAACCAUUGCUGAUUUGGCUGCACAGGAACUAUUCUUGAGGCAAAAGAUAUCACUAUUGUGUUUGAUGGAGAUGACAUUCAAAAGACCUUCUCACAAUCGUCAGUUGACUUUUGAAGAGAUUUCGAAAGAAACUAAAUUGCCACUGAAUGAAAUUGAGCUGUUGGUUAUGAAGGCACUCUCUCAAAAGUUGGUCAAGGGUGCGAUAGAUCAGGUUGCAAAUACAGUAAAUAUGACUUGGGUACAACCACGAGUUCUUGAUAGAAAACAGAUCACAACAAUGGUCGAUAAAUUAAAUGAAUGGUGUAAACAUGUCAAUACAAUGGAGAAUCUGUUGGAAGAAAAAGCGAGUGAAAUUCUUACUUUAUAAUGUACAAGGAGUUGUAUUGUGUUAAUGAUUUUCUUUAGCUUAAAAAUUUAUAAUAAAUUAAUUUUUACCAUCUAA